AUGCGUGGCCCAGAAGACAGCAAAACGCUGGAUUUUCCAGACUUAGUUCCCCACGUGCUAUUUGAACUCAGCAUUCUGAUGUUCUGGGAAUUUACAACAUUUUGGUGCAAAGUUUCUACAGGGUACCCCAAGUCAGAGAUCGGGGUUCAGACCCUCUCCACACUGUUUGGCGGCUUCCUGACCAUGACCUUGGGCAUGUCACCUAACUCCUGCACCUCAAGGGUGACAGGGAUGGGCCAGGUGGGCUCAUCGGAUCUCCUCGCCUUGCCGGGCUGGGGCCUUCUGAGGGGCCGGGGUCCCUGGGAGCUGCUCAUCCCUGUGGGCCCCAGCUUGUCAAUACUCUCGGAGGACGUGGUGGCCACCAGCAUCAGGAAAAGCCAGGAACACCCCUGGGUCCACAAAGUGGUUUCACUGGUGGCCCCAAAGAUGUUUAUCUACCCAGAGCCUCAGAAUGUGGCCUUAUUUGGGGAUGGAGUUCGGAGGGACACCUGUGAGGAAGGCCCCAACCACUCCUACAACGAGAUUGCUGGGAGGUGCUGUUACCGCUGCCCCGCGGGGCUGACCUCGCAGCAGCCGUGCGCACAGGGGUCAUCGGACUGCAGGAAGCAGUGUGAUCCCGACUACUACCUGGACAGGGACGGCCGUUGCAAGGCCUGUGUGAGCUGUUCUGGAGAUGAUCUUGUGGAGAAGAUGCCGUGCGCAGGGAAUUCCUUCCGUGUCUGUGAGUGCCGGCCUGGCAUGUUCUGUGCCACGUCAGCCCUCAAUACCUGCGCCCGCUGUAUGCCCCACUCCGUCUGCCCACCAGGGAUGGUCGUCAGGUUCCGGGGUACAGCAGAGAAGGACACCAUCUGUGAGCCACUCUCCCCAGUGACCAGCCCUGACUGCAGCACCAGCCCCGAAGCCUGCCAUGCGCCCGCCAGCAGCAGGCCCCCCCAGGCCAGGCCCCUGGGGACUUCCUCAGCAAGCUCCAAGGCCAGGACCACACUUCCUGGAGGGGGUGCUUCCCUCACCCCGGAAAAUGAUUCCAAAAUGACCAGGGCCCCCAGCUCUCCCUCCUCGGUGCGGAAGCCCAGUCCCAAUCCAGGGCUGACCUCACAGCAGCCGUGCGUACAGGGGUCAUCGGACUGUGGGAAGCAGUGUGACCCCGACUACUACCUGGACAGAGACGGCCGCUGCAAGGCCUGUGUGACCUGUUCUGGAGACCUGGUGGAGAAGGCGCCGUGCACGUGGAACUCCUCUCGAGUCUGCGAAUGUCGAUCUGGCAUGUUCUGUGCCACAUCAGCCACCAACUCCUGCGCCCGCUGUAUCCCCCACUCCGUCUGCCCACCAGGGAUGGUCACCAAACCCCAGGGUGCGGCUGAGAGGGAUGCCACAGAUGAGCUACCUCCCCCCGAGGCCUGCCCUGAGUGCAGCACCAACCCAGAGGACAGCAAGACGCCCACCAGUGCCCCUGCCCCUCUGGUCUCCUCGGCAGACCCCCAGAUCAGUCAGGAGCAUGGAGGGGGCAUCUCCCACGCCUGGGGAGACACCCCCAUAUCAACGAGCACGCCCAUCUCUUUCUCCUCCACGGCAAAGCCCAUUCUGGUUUCAGGGCCGGUGCUCUUCUGGACCGUCCUGCUGCUGGUGGUGGUCCUGGGCUCCGUGUCCUUCCUCCUGUGCCACCGGAGGGCCUGCAGGAAGUGGAUUCAGCAGAAGCUCCACCUCUGCUACCCUGUCCAGACCUUCCGGCUCAAGCUGGAGCCCGUGGAUUCCAAGCCCUGGAGGAACCCGACACAGCUGAAGAGCAUAUCGGUGGUGGAGUCAGGCAUGAAAGAGCUGGGGUUAAUGAGCCCCCCGGCUGUGGAGACCUCCCCCAAUGGGGCAACCUGCCUAGAGAGCAUGCGGCUGCUGGAAGCCAGCCCCCCCGCCGCCGGGAGCCCCUCAUCCCCCAGGGACCUCCCCGAGCCCCGGGUGACCUCGGAGCAUACCAACAACAGGAUCGAGAAGAUCUACAUCAUGAAGGCUGACACAGUGAUUGUGGGGACCGUGAGGACCGAGGUGCCUGAGGGCCGGGGCCUGGCGGGGCCGGCGGGGCCUGAGUUCGAGGAGGAUCUGGAAGUGGACCAUGCCCCCCACUUCCCAGAGCAGGAGACAGAGCCUCCUCUGGGCAGCUGCGGGGAUGUCAUGUUCUCAGUAGAAGAGGAAGGAAAGGAGGCCCCCUUGCCCAUGACCGUCUCCGAGAAAUGA